GUGACCUUGCAGGUGCAGAAGCGUGUGAACAAACAAAGCAAAAAGAAAACCACUUGGCACCUAUAGUGAAUCAGUGUGUGCGCGUGUGUGCGCUUAAAAGAGAGGAAGCAAACGUGAAAGAAAGACAAAGAAACGAAAGUGAUUGGAAAUCAGCAGCAGGAGCAGCAUUGCCGCCAAGCAUGAGGGUUUUCCUGGUAGCUGGAUUGCUGCUGAUCAGCAUAUCCAGCCUGUACGCGGCCACUGAUCGUGUCGUGUGCUACUUUGGCAGCUGGGCUACCUAUCGGACCGGGAAUGGUAAGUUCGAGGUGGAGAACAUCGAUCCGACGCUGUGCACGCACAUAGUCUACACGUUCGUCGGGCUGGACACAAAGGGCAAUGUGAAGAUACUGGACAGCUGGCUGGAUGUGAGCCUCAACGGUUACUCCCGGUUCAUGCAGCUGAAGCAACGCAAUCCCGCAGUGAAGCUGUUCAUAGCGAUCGGUGGCUGGGGCGAGGGUUCGGCCACUUACUCCGCCAUGGCCAACUCCGAUCUGCUGCGCGCCGUUUUCGUUGAAUCGAGCGUUGCUUUCGUCAAGCGGUACGGAUUCGAUGGGUUCGACAUCGAUUGGGAGUAUCCGACAUUGCGUGGCGGUGCAUUCGAGGAUCGUGUCGGUUUUAUAAAACUGCUGCGUGAUCUGAGGGCCCGCUUCGAUCAGGAAGGGUUGCUGCUGUCCAUCGCAACGGCCGCGACGAAAGAUUACCUACAAUCGGCGUACAAUGUGCCGGAAAUCAACAAGUACGUUCACUUCGUGAACCUGAUGUCGUACGAUAUACAUGCGUACUGGGAUGGUCAGACGGGGGCGAAUGCUCCGCUGUACGCGAACACCUGGGAGACGGGCUACACGACCAGUAUGCUCAAUGUGGAUAACUGCGUACGGGCAUGGAUUGAUGGAGGAUUGGAUCCGGCCAAGCUGAAUCUGGGUGUCCCGGUGUUCGGUCACACCUUUAAGCUGUCCUCAACCAGUGAUACGCGUGUCGGUGCACCCACGGUUGGGCCCGGUGAUGCCGGACCGUACACACUGGAACCGGGCACGCUGUCCUAUCUGGAGAUUUGCGAAAAACUAAACACCGGUGGUUACACCACGGCCUGGCAUGAGCAGCAACAGAUACCGUACGCUUACAAGGGCAACCAGUGGAUUUCGUACGAUAAUGCGAGAUCGAUCGCGCUCAAAGUGCAGUACGCCAAGCAGAUGAAACUUGGUGGCGUUAUGGUGUGGUCGAUCGAGUCCGAUGAUGCGAAGGGAGUUUGCGGUGAAGGGGCAAAUCCGAUCACUAGCACCGUGUACAAGGAGGUGUUUGGAUCGGGGGGCGCCACUACCACCACGACAUCGAAACCGAUUACCACCACGACAACGGCGAGACCAAUCGUAACAACGACAACAACUGCGAGACCGAUCACAACGACGGCCCCGAUUAGCCAAACCACGACUACAGUGAGACCGGCGAUAACUACAACCACACCGGCCACCAAACUGGUAUGUCCUGCUUCCGGAUUCCUCCGUGAUCCCACCAACUGCGCCCAGUUCUAUCAGUGCUAUCCGGGACUUCCCAUUCAAAGCAUCUGGUUGCUGAAAUGUCCACCGAAUCUGCUCUUUAGCACAAAGGCCAACGUCUGCACGUACCCUUACCAGGCUGAUUGCUAGUGCGCUCGGCCUUGGCACCCUCUCUAGGCUAAGUUAGGC